CUUACACACUUGUUGCUUGUCGCUUAACAUACUUGAAUCAAUUGCUCUUUUUACUUGCAUCAAUACAUUUCUUUGCAUUUGCAGUCAAUGGCAUUAGCAAUACACGUUCUUUACUGUACAUUUGAUCAGAUUUCUUCUUUCUAGACAUUUCAUUCCUAACUGUCUUCAUAUAUGGUAGUUACACACAACAAUGCUCUUCUCCAUGUUCACCCACACACAUAAUGCAUCAUCUUUACAGGAUGUGGUACACACUGACCAUGUACGCAGUUGUCACCCUGCAAGACUCAGAUGAGGUGAUGGUGGUAGCAUCAAAAUGGUUGACCACAGACAAGAAACAAAGUUACUGGCCCCCAUUCAGAUCACCAGAGAAGUGCAUGGAAGCUGUCCAGAAAGGACUUAAACCUGAAACAGGAGGGAAACCAUGGGAGAAAUUAAAUAUUAGCUUUCACACUGAAUAUGUCUCAUUUGACAAGGCAAAAGAGGGGCAAAAAGUAAUUAAAGAACAAAAAGAACGGUCAAAUAAAGGCUUUGGAAUACUAAAAAGACAAAGACUUGAAAAUGCUGUAGGAGUGUUAAAAAAUCAGUUACAACAGUUUCCUCCAGUACCACCUGCAUCUACUUCCAGAAUGGAUGACAAGGAUGAGCUCCUCCAAAUGCUGAGAGACAUCAAAAGCACAGCUCAGGAAAACUCUGCCAUGUUAAAGAAACUACUGAAAGACAACACAGUUUCUGAAGCCCCCAGCAGUACCAGUGUGCUCUCUAAAGAUAUUAAAACAAACCUCAAUCUGCCUCUAAAAACCUUUGACGAUGUGGACAGGAUUGAAAGAGAGCUCAACACUGCAGCAUCACGCAAAAAAUAUGUAAAAUAUCUGUCAGGGCUUGGAGGCAUUGGGCCCAGGGACAUUACUAAGAAUAUUAUGCAGAAAGUCUUUACAGAUGAUCUGGCUAAGGAGUUCAACUGGCAGGGGAGAGGAGAUAAAAGACCCUUCUCUAAGCUAAUUUUAGCAGAUGUAAUCAGAGAUGCUGCAUAUAGGCAAAAUGUAAUCAGGGUUAACUGUGAAAAUGAAAUUAAAAAAUAUCUGAGUUACAGAGCUGAUCGACUCAGAAAGAAACCAAGAGAACAAGGAGGUAUUGGCCUUGAGAUCCCAAAUGUGAUUGCUCCUACACCAGUGGACAAUGAUAUAGAGAUGGAAGAAUUUUGGAAACUCCUUGCUGACUAAGUUUUCAAUCAUCAAUCAUGGGUCAUAUAGACCUAUUACACAUGAAACGUCCAUUUUCGUCAAGGAAUACAUGUUAUUUUGGUCACACUUUAGGGUCCAAUUCUCCCCAUUAAGUAGGCUAACUAUUGACUUUUAUCUCAGUAAAUUCUUAAUACUACUAGUGCUGGGCGAUAUAACUAUAUCGUUACCACAAAAUAAAAUGUCUAUCAUUAGAGACUUUGCUAUAUUGUAUAUAUCGCUAUAUAUGCCUGAUCACAGAUACAUAAACAUGAGAAUCAGGUUAACUGUUGUAAUGAAUGAUCCAUAAUACAAACUGGAAAUACAGAAGAGACUGUUUAAUGCUAUUGAUAUAGGUGAAAUAUCAGUGUUCUUGGAACUAUAGUGACCAGUUGGUAACACUUUACAAUAGGGUCCCAUCUGGUAAUGUUCAUUAAUGUAGGCUAUUAACUAACAUUAGCAAUGAGCAAUACAUUUUUACAGUAGUUAUUAGGGGUGUAACGGUUCACGUAUUCAGGGCUUUCGGUUCGGUGCAAGUGUGUACCGAAUGCGUUAUAUUGCAACAUUAAGGUCUCCUAUUAAUCCUAUUAAGCUCUGCAUUUUGUUACUUUUGAUAAGAAACAAAGUGUCAUCCUUCAAAUUCUGUCCACGAAAACAUGAAAUUCAAACAGAAAGUGCCGUUUUGACACGCUUUCCCAGCAAGCAAUAGCUGUCAUUUCACCGUCUCGGUUAACUAUAGACCCGAUAUAGUCCGGCUAUGUGUAACCCACUUUUAGCCAAAAUAAUCUUUCAUUUGGUUACAUGUCGUUUUUGCCAAAAUAUUGCAUCAUGUAAGCAAAGUCAACAGUGAUUACAAGGUGUUUGGUUUCAUAUCUUUGACAUGUUAUAUUGCGUAGGCUGUGUGUAGCCAUGAUUUAGCUCGUAGUCAGACCGGCUAUUUGUAGCCCACCUAUAGUCAAUCCUGAUUUAUUGUAGUUUUUGGACAGGAAGAGCUUGAGAUGGUUGAUAUCUCAUCAUGUUCGCAAUGUCAAUGAUUUCUACAAGAUGUAAGUGGCAUUUCAUGACAUGGUCUAUAUGUAGUCACGAUUUAGCUCUGAAUUGGAUAGGCUAUGUGCAGUCUGUUUUUAGUCCACCUGGCGAAAUCGAGGCAAUCUAUAGUCUAGUUUUUAUGGCUUGGCUAUACCCAGCUAACACACGAGGUAACAGUUACGUAAUGUAUUCGUACUUUUUGUUAAUGUCAUGACUUACUUACUGACAACGUAACUACGACGUCGCAUGCCAGUAAUUUCAUUACCUUCAGAUUACCAUCUCACAACGUCGUCAGUAUGAUCUCCUAACGUUAUAAGAUUACCAAGAACGUUCCAGAUACGUCCUCUGUUCGUAAUAUAUUGGUAAUUCCAUGACUUACUAGUAACGUAACUACAACGUUGUAUGGAUGACUGCUUUUUAUAUAUAGUGACGUGACAUACAGCGCGCGCCUCCACAGUAUGUUGACAAGAGAGUAAAGUUCAUUUUUCUGAGAGAAGAAUUUAUUUUUCCGAGGUGACAACGAAUAAAUGGCUUUUAUAAAAAUGUAUAAAGUUAACUUUGGAAAGGCGUAAAACCUUUUUUUUAUUGUUUUGUUUACGUUAGUGCAGGUGGCCAUUAGAGUUGCCAUGGCAACCGGGAAAACAUUCAAGCCGCUGGAGAGGACAGCGUCGACAUUUCUCCGUGUUUCUCGUCAGUUUUAUAGCAAUAAAUUUCAACAACUGCGUCAGAUUGGUUAAGUAACAUUACCCACAGUCUACUUUAAGUACUUUUGUAAAUAUUUUUACCUCUGUGAUUAUAUGGUAUCUUUCCUUGAUCGUCUGAAAUAUAUGUUAGCAAAAUGUUACCCUAGCAUAGCAUAUGUUUUUAAUGAUACUGAGUAUAAAUGAAUUGAAUAAAAUAAAUAAAAUAAAUGAAUUGAA